UGUCAAAAUCACUUUAGUUUAUUUGUAAUGUUUUGUCUGUCUGAAACCAUCAAAUUAUCAAUUUAUAAUGACAAUCUUUGCCAUCAAUUGAUUGAAUAUGUAAUGAAUAUCUUAAUAACUCAUCGAAUAUAAUAAAACACAAAUUUUAAUAUUUUAAUAUUUAAUUUUAAAUACUCACUUAAACUCAUUAUAAAUAUAUUAACUUUUAAUAUGGAAAUGAGUUUUAGUCCAAGUGUUACAAUCUGUGAGCCGAGUGCACACAAAAGCGGCUCAAAUGGUGUGCCCAACGGCACAAUCCGCCACCGCAUGAGACGAGUGAACAGUAUAACCGUCGCCAACGCCUAUCGGGAACAGAAGAUUCAAAGGGAUCUCCAACCUGACAGACCUAAUAGCAUCCGCAUCUUGCGACUACUCAAAUAUACUGUUACAUUUCUGUCGAGAUUCAUUAUUCAGUUCAUCAAGCAAUUUUCAAAACUACAGGGGAUUUCUGAAUUUAGCACUAAUUAUGCUGUAUCCAAGCCCGGAGCCUUGACUAGUUUUGUGGUAAUGUGUUCACCGAAUAAGUUAGUUGUCUAUUCCAUUCCCCAUAACCCAGACUACCUGCGCUCUAAAGACCUUUGUGUCUCAUGUGAUGAGUGUAUAGAUUCAUCACUCAAUAUAUUGAUGACAAUCUUCGAGACCAAUGAUUUCGAUGCAGUGAUGGCAGAGACGCAACCCUUUGUCAUAAACAGUGUCUUUCACAGCGGAUUACAUACAAUGAUAUCAAUGCUCAAAGCAGGACUUACUUUGGAUCAGACGGACUUAAAAGCAGCAAGUGAAAAUCAGAGACAAACUUUGGAUUUAUGUAAUCGCAAGAGACGUAAAAAGAUAUUUUCCAAUCUGACGGCUAAGUUCAGUAAAAUGUCGUGCGAUAAGUACACGGAUGUGGAACUACACGCUGAGCUCACCUACGCUAUGAUCAUUGGUUGCGGGGCAGCACUGGAACUGCUUCAGUGCCAUAAUCUCAAAAAGUUGGCCAAAAUUAUUUAUAAUAUCAACACUUGUAUGAACUCAUUCAGAUUAUGCCGAACCAUAUGUGAGAAGCGGACCAAAUGGUUGAGCCCUAAGUCUAAGAGACAGUUUGAGGCGGGCGUUGGUCUGGAGCGAGGGUUUCGUCACCUAAUCGUCAGUUAUAUUCCGCCAAAAGCACUGAAAAUAAUCAAUUUCUUGGGCUAUCGGGGCAGCAUUUUGUACAGAGUAGCCAACGCUAAGUUGGUUGAGUUGUCGGGCGAUAUACAGCUGGCCAUCAAUGAGUACGAGAAGAUCAUUGAGGAUUACGACCAAAUGUAUCACAGGUUGGCUCACUUUGAACUCAUGUUUUGUCACGCAGUCCGGUGUGAGUGGUAUCACUCCGUCCGAUACGCCGAACUACUCAACAAACACACCGUCCACUCGCCCGCUAUCACCACAUACUUGGAGGCAAUCUUUCGUUACACCAAAGCCAUGGAUAAUAAGGAUCGGGAGCUUAGGACAGAGGCCUCCCGUUUGUUGGCGACUGUACCGAAACUUCGGGUGAGAUAUUUAGGCAAAACUAUAACCUUCGAGAAAGCGGUCGUUGUAUUAUCGCAAAGAUAUUUUCAAAACAAAGACUAUAUGUUACUGCCGGCUCUAGAAAUUCUUUAUCAUCUCAACUAUACAUUCCUAUUGAUUGGCAAUCAAACACUUCUUAAUAAAUGGAUGUCAAGAGUGGACAAAGAGAUUGAAGCCCACAUUAUAACGAGAAGUGGUGACAACUAUUUGACGGCACUCUUCUAUAAAGGAGUUAUUUAUAAACUAAUGGGACGUGUCAUUGAAGCGCAACAAAUAUUGAAAGAAUAUUCUGGAUAUACCAUUGAGAACCUGAUUCAUAUUAAAGUUUAUGCGGCGCUCAGGGAGUUGGGCUUCAAUACGGAUAAAGAGUCGGACACUUUAAAGUACUUCAUAAACAUGUCAAAGAUAUAG